AUGCAGGACAUAGACAACGGUUUGCGAUCAAUACCCAUAAACCUGUCAGGAACGGCUCUGAAUCGUGCCAUCAAAGCGGCCAGGCAUAUUCAGAAAGAGCUUGAGGAAACAAUCAGGCAAAGAAGGACCGAUCUUUCAGGACAUGAUUCAUCUUCAGUGAUGGACAUCAUGUGGCAUUUGAUCCUGGCAACAGAUGAAAAUGAGUUUCCAGAUGUGUACGAGUCUGUCCUUAAAGAACAGAACACAAGGGAAACAGCACAUGCCAUCAGGAAGCUGCCUUUAGCGAAGGCUAAGAGGUACUUGGAGGAUGUUUUGGCCCAUAAGCAGGCAAUUCCGUUUACACGUUUCUGUGGAGGUGUUGGGCGUACUGCUCAGGCCAAGAAUAGGCAUUCAAAUGGACAGGGUCGCUGGCCAGUUAAAUCUGCUAGCUUCAUUUUGGAUUUGCUCAAGAAUGCUGAAAGCAAUGCAGAGGUGAAAGGCUUGGAUGUGGAUUCACUUUUCAUUUCGCACAUUCAAGUGAAUCAAGCACAGAAACAAAGACGCCGCACAUAUCGUGCCCAUGGAAGAAUAAACCCCUACAUGUCUUCCCCCUGCCAUAUUGAGUUGAUUUUGUCCGAGAAGGAAGAGUCUGUCAAAAAGGAGCCUGAAUCUCAGUUGGCCACCAGCAAAUCUAGGAAGGCUUGAGCUAUAUGUAAUUCUGCUUUCAUUGGCAAUGGCUUUAGGGGAUUCUACAAAUUUUGAGGCAUAUUGUUACUUAAUGCUAUUGGAGGUUGCAAGACAAGUUUGCUAGUGUUUAAAUUCAAAGGGUUCAUUCAAACACAUACUUUGACUUGUAGAGACAGCUUUUUGUUCUUCAUGAUUGUCGUCUGGCUUUUUUUGGGUUGGAUGUUAUGGUAGUGUUGGACUAUUUAUCAAGGUGCACUUACUGGCUGUCUCUAUUAUGCUGUCACACCCUUAGGACAUGGCAAUUUGUUAGGUGCUGGAAGAACUUUUGCAAGGAUGAUUGAGUGAUCGAAUUGCUACAGCAAGUACUUAA